AUGAAGAACAUUUCUUUUCUCUCUCUGCUUCUCAUUUGCCUGGCUGGGCUGCAGCUGCACGCCAAUGCAUCCCAGGAGGCUCAGCUGAGAGCCUUCAUCGCGUCUAGGAAGAACACCGCCAGCAGUACCGACGCGUUUAAAGUGCCUAACAUAGCUGACAGGGUUUCCAGCAGCCUGAGUGCAGAGAUCUCUGUCUCUGACAAGGCUACCGACAAGAUCACGGCGUUGCCCGGGCAGCCCGAGGGCGUGGACUUCAACCAGUACGGCGGGUACGUGACAGUCGACGAGGAGAAUGGCCGCGCCCUCUUCUACUACCUCGUCGAAGCACCUUCAGGUGCUGCAGAAAAGCCACUCGUCCUGUGGCUCAACGGAGGGCCAGGAUGCUCGUCGCUAGGCUACGGUGCAAUGCAGGAACUCGGCCCAUUCCGCGUAUCCCAAGACAACAAAACACUCGUUAGGAACCUCAACGCCUGGAACAACGUCGCUAACGUGAUCUUCCUGGAGUCGCCCGCCGGCGUGGGAUUCUCAUACUCGAACACGUCUACUGACUAUGAUCUCAGCGGAGACGAGAGAACGGCUGAUGAUGCAUACGUUUUUCUGGUGAAAUGGCUCGAGAGGUUCCCGGAGUACAAGGACCGUGCCUUCUACAUCUCCGGGGAGAGCUUCGCCGGCCACUACGUGCCAGAGCUCGCCGCCACCAUCCUGCUCCACAACACUUACAACAACAGAACCAUUGUAAACCUACAGGGCAUCCUGGUUGGAAAUCCGUACCUUGAUGCGAAUAGGAAUAUUAUGGGGACGGUUGACUUCUUCUGGACCCACGCGGUGAUGUCGGACGAGGUCUACGUCAAUGUCACCAAGAACUGCAACUUCGACAGCGUGGAUGGUAGUACACUCUCAGAGGCAGCAUGCAACGGCGCAUUAGAACCAUUCGAAGCAGGCAAUAUUGAUGCCUAUAACAUAUAUGCUCCAGUUUGCCUUAUCGCGCCCAAUGGAACGUAUUACCCGAGCGGCUAUCUUCCUGGGUAUGAUCCAUGCAGUGAUUAUCCGACCAACGCCUACCUCAAUGAUCCGGCGGUGCAGAAUGCUUUCCACGCUAGAGCGACAGAGUGGCAAGGCUGCACGAACUUGAACUGGAAAGAUUCGCCAAUGUCCAUGCUUGCAACCGUCAAAUUUUUAAUCGAGAACAAGCUUCCGGUUUGGAUAUUCAGUGGUGAUUUCGAUUCUGUGUGCCCGCUUCCUGCGACGAGAUAUACGAUCCAAGAUCUUGCCCUCCCUGUCACCACUCCAUGGCGCCCAUGGACAGCAAAGGAGGAGGUCGGAGGAUAUGUUCAGCAGUAUGCCGGUGGGUUUACAUUUCUAUCUGUUAGAGGGGCUGGCCAUUUGGUUCCAUCCUUCCAGCCUGAGAGAGCCUUGACAAUGUUGAGCUAUUUCCUCCAAGGAGUGCUCCCACCUUACAUCGAACAGCAGUGA